UGGAGUAGGAGGUUUUGGACAGGUUUAUAGAGGGGUACUUCCUUCUUCCAAUGCCCAAGUUGCAGUGAAGAGAGUCUCCCAUGACUCAACACAAGGGAUGAAGGAAUUUGUGGCUGAAAUUGCCAGCUUGGGAAGACUCAGGCACAGGCACUUGGUGGCCCUCCUCGGCUAUUGCCGGAGAAAGGGAGAGCUUCUGUUGGUCUAUGAUUAUAUGCCCCAUGGAAGUCUUGACAAGUUUUUACACAGGAACGAGAAUCCAAGCCUUAAUUGGGCACAACGCUAUCGAAUCAUUAGAGGGGUAGCAUCUGGCCUUCUGUAUCUACAUGAAGAGUGGGAAAAAGUUGUUCUUCACAGAGAUGUCAAGGCCAGUAAUGUCCUUGUGGAUGCCCAUUUUAAUGGACAGCUCGGAGACUUUGGGCUUGCUAGAUUGUAUGAUCAUGGUGAAAAUCCAAAAACAACCCAUGUGGUUGGAACUUUUGGGUACAUAGCACCAGAGCUUGUUAGAACUGGCAAGGCAACUACUAGCACAGAUGUCUUUGCUUUUGGAGCGUUUAUGCUAGAAGUGGCUUGCGGAAAAAGGCUUCUAAAGGUACAGGGAUUGACUGAUGAUAUGGUUUUGGUUCAGUGGGUUAUGGAGAAAUGGAAAGAAGGAGCAAUCCUCGAGGCAAGUGAUCCGAGAUUGGGAGGUGACUUUGUGGUGGAGGAAAUGGAGUUGGUUUUGAAGCUGGGUCUGCUUUGCUCGCACUAUAAUCCAAUGGCUAGGCCUAGCAUGAGGCAAGUGAUGAAGCAUUUGGAUGGGGAUGCUAUGCUGCCCGAAGUAUUUAUGAAUGUUGCAGGAGUUGGCAUGGCUGCAUUAUUUGGGGAUGAAGUUUCAAAUGAAUUUGCAAUGACAUUCCCUUCAUCAUCAUUGACGAAUAUUUCUGCUAAUGCCCUGACAUUCUAG